CAAGGCCCAUCUGAUUCUUAUCAACCUCUUCACACAAACCCUAGUUGAUAGUCGAGACAUUGGCCACUACAAGCAGCUGCUAGCCUGCCACAGGUAAAAUUCGUAAGAAAAUCUCAAAACCUCUCGCUCGCCUCCGCCAGAAACGAGGAUGGUCAAGUUCCUGAAACCCAACAAGGCAGUUAUCCUCCUCCAGGGUCGCUUCGCCGGCAGGAAGGCGGUGAUAGUCCGAUCCUUCGAUGAGGGAACCCGUGACCGGCCCUACGGGCACUGCCUUGUCGCUGGCAUAUCGAAGUAUCCAUCAAAGGUGAUCAAGAAGGACUCUGCGAAGAAGACAGCGAAGAAGUCACGCGUGAAGGCGUUUAUGAGGGUGGUGAACUACAGCCAUUUAAUGCCUACGAGAUACACUCUGGAUGUGGAUUUGAAGGAUGUGGUGAAUCCUGAAGCCUUGGUGACUAAGGACAAGAAGGUUACGGCUGCCAAAGAAAUCAAGAAGAGGUUUGAGGAGAGGUUCAAGACUGGGAAGAACCGGUGGUUCUUUUCCAAGCUCAGGUUUUGAAAUAGAAAUUUGGAUUUCUGGUUUUUGAUGAUUAAAUUUACUUUGGAUUUAAAGAGAUUUUGUUAGUUGAUUGAAAAGCUUGUUAAUUUGGAUUUAAUUGCUAGAAAUUGAUAUAAUGCCAUGCGGUUUUGAUUAUUUAUUGAUCAAA